CAGUCGCGGCUGCGCCCCUUGCAACAGCCCUUCCUCCGCCGCCCGCCGGGCUGGCCGGGGUUCGGGCGCCGGGUUAACCCUUCGCCGAGGCAGCUGCGUGCACUAGGCCGGAGCAGCCCCCAUCCGGCGGGGAGGCCCGGGGCGCUGCGCUCCCCUGGUCGCGAGCUGGGGCCGGGGGCGCCUGCUUCUGCUCCUUCGUUCCCUCGCUCCCGGACCCGGGCCGGGCUCCAGUUUUGCAGAGAGCCCGCUCGCCCAGAGGCCCGAGGGGAAGCUGGGGUUGCCUGGGUUAGCGGGCCGAGGAAGAUUUGCACCGGUCCUCCUUCGAGCAUUCCCCUGCCCUGCAACUGGCAGCUUGCACCCGUUGCCUCCCCAGCCCUGCGGUUGCGCCCAAACCUCCAACCCCUGGGAGUAUUGUGCCGCCCGAGAUAAAAUGCAUCGGUGUAUACCCGUCCGACACUCACCCCAGAGGAUAAGAUGGUCCAAGUCAUCUGCAGCUCUCCUCAAAAGAAAAGUCAUUAGUGCUCUGCUCUUGCCAUCAUACCAAACCUUCUGACUUACGCUUUGGUGCUGCCACACUGGAAGAAUUGCAUACAGCCUCCAGGAACACCUUUUUUUUUUUUCUUCUUUUCUUUUUUUUUUUUUUUUUUUCAUUUGAGUGAUUCUUUGUGGAUGGAAAAAGAUUGGAGUCUUAAUAAUUACCCUGUUUUGAAGCGAUUUCUCUACAGUCUGAACUGCGUCCUCCCUCGGGCCCCUGACCCAUGAGCCACACAGCCAGCUCUCGGCAGGGGCUGGGGGACAGCUGCACCGUGCCUGCAGCAGGAAUGGCACAGGAAGACAACCGUCGUGCUCCAGUGCCGCCUGCCUUUUAUCAUGGUGCCAACCAAGAACUUGACCUGUCCACCAAAGUGUACAAAAGGGAGUCAGGAAGUCCUUACUCGGUGUUAGUGGACACCAAGAUGAGUGCGCCGCAUCUCCACGAAGCGGAGGAACAGCCGUAUUUCAGGGAACCAAGGGCAGUGUCUGACGUGCGCGCUGUCAAAGAAGACCGGGAGAAUUCUGAUGACACGGAAGAGGAGGAGGAGGAGGAGGAGGAGGAAGUCUCUUACAAAAGGGAGCAGAUCAUAGUGGAGGUAAACCUUAAUAAUCAAACAUUAAAUGUAUCUAAAGGGGAAAAGGGUGUCUCUUCUCAGUCCAAAGAGACUCCUGUUCUUAAGACAAGCAGUGAGGAGGAGGAGGAGGAGAGUGAGGAAGAAGCCACCGAUGACAGCAAUGACUACGGCGAGAACGGAAGGCAGAAGAAGAAGGAGAAGACAGCGGAGAAGGCCAGCGUCACCCAAAGGAGAACCAGGAGAGCUGGCUCUGUGGCUGCGGCAACCACGUCCCCGACUCCCAGGACUACGAGAGGGAGGAGGAAGAGCGCAGAGCCGCCCAAGCGUAAGAAGCGGGCCGCCAAGGAGCCCAGAGCGCCUGUCCAGAAAGCUAAGUGCGAAGAGAAAGAGACUCUGACCUGUGAGAAGUGCCCCAGGGUGUUUAAUACGCGCUGGUACCUGGAGAAGCACAUGAACGUUACUCACAGGCGCAUGCAGAUUUGUGAUAAGUGUGGCAAGAAGUUUGUCCUGGAAAGUGAGCUGUCCCUUCACCAGCAAACAGACUGUGAAAAAAAUAUUCAGUGUGUUUCCUGUAACAAAUCAUUCAAGAAACUCUGGUCCCUUCAUGAGCACAUCAAGAUCGUCCAUGGAUAUGCAGAAAAGAAGUUUUCCUGUGAAAUUUGUGAGAAGAAAUUCUAUACCAUGGCUCAUGUGCGGAAACACAUGGUUGCACACACGAAAGACAUGCCAUUUACAUGCGAAACCUGUGGAAAAUCGUUCAAACGCAGCAUGUCUCUCAAGGUGCACUCCUUGCAGCAUUCUGGAGAGAAGCCCUUCAGAUGCGAGAACUGUGACGAGAGGUUCCAGUACAAGUACCAGCUGCGCUCCCACAUGAGCAUCCACAUCGGCCACAAGCAGUUUAUGUGCCAGUGGUGUGGCAAGGACUUCAACAUGAAGCAGUACUUCGACGAGCACAUGAAGACACACACUGGAGAGAAACCCUUUAUCUGUGAAAUCUGUGGCAAAAGCUUCACCAGCCGCCCCAACAUGAAGAGGCACCGCCGAACUCACACAGGCGAGAAGCCCUAUCCGUGCGACGUGUGUGGCCAGCGGUUCCGCUUCUCCAACAUGCUCAAGGCCCACAAGGAGAAGUGCUUUCGGGUGACCAGCCCCGUGAACGUGCCGCCUGCUGUCCAGAUCCCACUUACGACGUCCCCGGCCACCCCAGUUCCGUCUGUGGUGAACACCCCCGCCACCCCCACCCCUCCGAUCAGUAUGACUCCCGUGAGCACUCUCCCCCCGCGGCCCAUCCCCCACCCCUUCUCGCACCUCCACAUCCACCCACACCCCCACCACCCACACCACCUCCCCAUCCCUCCGGUCCCCCACCUCCCCCCGCCUCCAGCUCUCUUUAAGAGCGAGCCCUUAAAUCACAGAGGCCAGGGUGAGGACAACUUCCUGCGGCACCUGGCCGAGAAGAACAGCUCAGCGCAGCAUCACUAACGCCCUUCUCCCCCCGUGCGUUGUCCGCGAGCCGAGCGCCCGCGUGCCGGUCCGUGGAGACGGGGCUGGCGGGCUCUUCCCGAGCUGUCAGACCCCCCGGCCUCCGCGGAGAGCCGCUCGUGGUCCGGGCGAGCCGCCGCGCCCGAGGGGGUGAACGCCAAGACUACCUUGAGCUCGCGGAGGGAACGGUCAUCCAAACCAGGGGAACCACCGAACUAAAGGCCACUUGGCUGGCAUUUUCUGGUGACUUUUAUAAAUUUCAAAUACUUAGACUUGUGGAAUUUUAUAAUUUCCUAUCAGCUGAUGAGGUAUGCCUGCUUUUAUAUCCCGGACUUCUCCUCAAAGAGGGGACAGGCCUGGUUUCCUUUGUACUAAUCGGGAAGGCUGUGAGAUUAACCCAGAGCAUUAAUUGUAUCACUGUGUAUCCGAACAAAUUCUUUUCAGCUUUUGGUGCUGGCUUCGCCACGGAGCCGGCCGUCUUUCCCAGUCUAUCCAGCAUUAGAGAGAAAGACGGGAAGUUUCUUCUUUGUGUAGCUCUCCUAACGCACUCUUUAUUUUACUACAGAAAUUAUUUUAGAGUUUUUGUAUAGACUUCUUUAGUGGUCUGUUUCUAAAAAUGAAAUGUAUUUCAAUAAGCGGUGUAAUUUUUUCAGUGUAGCUGGGCCUAUGUUGUAAAAUAGAAAAAAAAAUUUUUAUAAUCAGCAAAAUGUGAUUCUUAAAGAUGCGUAUAACUUCUAUAGUUCAAAGUUAUUCUUACAUCCGUACAACUCAAAGGUGCUUCAGAGACUAGCUGUAUCCGAGAGGGUCUCCAGACGCCAGGUUUCUGCCCGAGGACGUUCUGCUUUCAGAUCUCCGCCCCACACUCAAGUGUGAGUGCAUUAGGCUCGCUGACAUGCCCCUUCCCGUCCUCCGCGUUUCACUUGGUGGGGUCACCACGAUAAAGGGAACGAUUUGCAGGGAGUCGCCUCUUUCCCCGGGGAAGUCACCCAAAGCUUUUGCGGGUUUUAAAAACCCAAGUCAAGCUGUUCACCAUCAGGAGGAGGAAGCAGUGGGGUUGUGUGUCCUGAGUCCUGUCUGUUUCUCACUGUCCCCGGGGCUUGCCCGUGUUCCACCUGUGGCGAGGACGAGUGGAAGUCUCACGAUACACUGCUCGUUUUGAGGUUGCUGUGUUUUUCUAGAAUUGUUGUGGCAAGAUAAAAAUAGUACACUAAAAUCACAAACGUGAUGUUGCUGACGGGAGCUGAGAAGUUGGGAUGAGAACAAAUUGUGAGUUUUCAAAUAUGUCUCUUCACCGGCUAUAUCCACAACCUCGAGCUGUUCUCUCACAGUUUAAGUUGUAGCGAGGGAAAGAAAACUCCUGCAUUUUGCUGCCCUGUUCUCUGCAGAUAAUUAUGUGACAGCAGUGUCCACAGGUGGUGAGGGCAGCGUCUCUAAUGCCUGUAAGGCAGGCUAUUUUUCCAGGUUUGGGAAGCUCCACAAGAGCACGAUCGAUCAGGAGCUUGUAUAGGAAAGGCUGAAGAGAAGGGCUAACCUAUUGCUCGUCUUUAACUGAUCCGAUUUCUCUAGACUCAGUCAAUAUAGCUGAAAAUUGUGUUUUUUGGUUUUGGGUUUUUUUGUUUUUGUUUUUUUUUAAUCUCAGAGAACUGAGUUCCAAAGCUAGAUCUGCGCUCUCUCUCUCUCUCUCUCCCUCUCCCUCUCCCUCUCUCCCUCUCUCUGUCCCUCUGUGUUUUUAAUCUGGACAUUUCUUCAUUUUUCUUUCCUCAGGUGCUUAGAUCAUUGCCUAAAUCAGAACCCUGGCUUUUAUUUAUUUUUAAUAUUAAAUGUGCAGAUAUGCCUCAAGCACUUUUCUGGCUGAUUAGCUCUGUGGUAGGAAAAAAUGGAACUCUCAAGUGAGGUCAAGACCCUAUUUUGUAAAUACCACAUUCUCUACUAGGUUUUUGGUUUUAAAUUUCCUCACUUUUUCCUUCUGAUUAUUGCCUUUCAUUCUAUGAUGAGCAUAGGAAAAUUUUGGAAUGAGGCAGAAAAGUAUCCGAAGACCUACUUUUCUUCCUGUUUGUGGAUGUAAUUUCUAAAGAAUGUUAUUUUAAAUCUUUGUAUACGGUUUUUGGACACCCAGGUACCCAAACCAGUAAGGAAAGUUAAUUUCUUGUUUGUGACCGUUAUAAAGUGGUUGCCUCCCUUUACUUCAUACUCUCCUUCCCACUCCAUUGACAGGUUUGUGGAUGGAUCGACACCUUCAUGUAGACAUGUCAUCACUUAAUGGCCAAGCCUAUCAUAUUAAGAUGGUUUUUUUAAAGGUGUUAAUUGGUUGCAGUACCUUAUUUUGUUCUACAUACAUUUACCGUUUUGGGCAACAAUUCUGAAUUCUAGACUUGAGACCAUGGAAUCAACUAUUUUAUGAAGUGCGCUAUCAUUAUACACUGGAAAAUUCAGGUAGUCAUAUUUGAUUUUUUAACCCAAGCGAAUAUAGCCAUAAGAAAAUGCCUGCUACAUAGGAAAACCAGUAUUAAGCAAAUAAUCACCACCACCCUUAACAGAAGCAAAAAAAAAAAAAAAAAAAAAUCAAAAAAAAUUUUUUAAUCAGCAUCAUCACAUAAUACAUUUCACAGUGAAAUGUAUUGUGGAACAAUGUGGAAGCUUCUAAUUUUUUUUUUUUUUAACCCUAGAUAAGCAUACCUUCCCUGACCUGGGGUUUGUGGUCUUCAAGAACACUGCUCAGAACACAAUGACUCCUCAUCAGUGUCAUAUCACAUAUAAAUAAGGAAAUGCAUUAAGAAUAUUUGCAACAUUCAUGCUUCUGAACCCAAGAACUGCAGGAUUAAGCCUUAAACAUAUAUGUGCAUCAGGUUGAACGUGCUUAAGACUCAAACUCAGGGUUGGAAAUCUGAUUAGCGUCCUUCACUAAGAUGAGAGUUGCAUUCUGGUGUGUUCCCUCCAACAGCGAGCACAGCUCCCUGUGACUUGAGAACUUCAUGCCUGCUUGCUAUCUGUUCAUGAAAAAAAGAACCAUGGAGGGGUUUGAGUUCCCAGCCCUUACCUGACCUUUGUCUUUUAAAGACAAACCAAGGCCACAUUUCAGCGUUAUAUAGAUAUCCAAUUGAGGCUCUUUUCUCAUUAUUUAAUUUUACUGUCUCCAAAGGCUUCUAUUGUUGGUAGGGUUAAGGCUUACUGGAGGAACAUUCCCCAAGGACUUUCUUGAGUUGACAUUACUUUUUUUUUUUCUUUUCCUUGUUCUAUUCUUUUCUCAUAGAUUUAGCAUUCAGAUAUAAACUCUUCCUUAGCCUUAAUGAAAGGCUGCUUGGUGCUUUCUCAAAUCGAGCCAGGUAGGCUCAUCCUGAGUUAGAUUUUUUUUUAAUUUGAAUGAAAAAAAUAAGAUGAGCAGUUUAAAGGCACGUGGCUUCAUUUCCGUGUAUAUUUGUGAUUUGAUUCUUACUUUUUAGCAAGCAGGGAGGCUCCACAUAAGACUUUAUGGGAGUUCUGAGAAAUCUUUGCAAAUCAGUUAUUUUACUUCCACAGUCUACCGUUUACGUGAAUUGCUCUAAAUUAUUGACUGAGCAUGCCAUGACCGUGGUUGUACGAUUUUUUUAAAAACUACCUUUGUUGGAAGUACCUUUUCAUUUGUGGUUAGAAGGAUCCCUGUAAUUUGAUUGUCCCUAGGAAACUAACUGAAGGCAAAAGCACGCUGAAGAGAUGCUUGUCGACUUUGAAUUUUCUAGUUCUUGAAAUUGUUUUCAGUUCUUCUGUUUGUCGAAUGGAUAUGUGUGUUUCUCUUUUACAUCACUGGAGGUUUUACAUUUUGAGAAGAUCAGGCAGAAAUAGAAAUCCGUUGCCGAUGGUUAUUUAUUUUCCCCAUCUUGCAGAUUUCAGUCAGUGAAACAGAGUGGUAGGUGGGAUGUUACUGUAAAAGAGAAGAGGAAGAAGAAGGGAGAAGACAAAAGUUAGGGGAAACCCUUCCGUUUGAGCUACUGUGUAGAAGAGACAACUUGUAUGACAUUGCUGAGCCACAUGGUGAACAUUUCCAUGCUGUUCUAGACGGUACGGGAAGUGGUUCCUAAAAAGGGGGAUAAGUUUCACUUAAGAAUUUUAGCAACUAUUCUACCGUGACAAAAACCCGCUCUCUUGGAAUCCUUCAGACGAUAAAGUUGAGCAAAUAGAUAACGGGUUUUAAUUUCUUUUUGCCUAAACCAAGAUAGGAAAUUUCCCAAAAGACCAUUUCUUUUUAGGAAUGAAAGGUCAUUAAGCCACUGGAGAGAGUGGCAUUUUUAUGCAAUAAGAACAACUGAACUCCCCUGCUCCUGUCAUCUGUAGCACGUGUACUCAAUGACAAUGGCCUUCCAGCCCUGGACACUACCUCGAUAAAGCAAACCAGAGAUCCUCCCCACACUUUCUAUGGAAGCCAUAAAAGUUGCCAUCAAUAUGUCCACUUUCAUAGUUCUCUACUUUUAUACUCUCUAGACUUUUUAUAGACUCUAUGAUCAGAUCUUUUUGUCUUAGAGGAUAGGUUUUGCAAGAUUCAAAGGAAAAGCAAACUCCCUGGUUGUCCCAACUUUGAAGCCUUAGCUUCAGUAAAUUUGUCUAAAGAACCAGAUAAUGUGCCAUUUAUCCGAUUCUUGAUUUGAAGUCACAGCUGUUUUGCAGAGUGGCAUAUCCGGAAAACAGACUUCUCUUUCUUAUUCCCUAAGCAGAAACUAUAUUUGUUGUAAGAAGCUACUUAUAAAGUGGAUUUCUACUACCUUGUUACUCUAUGUAUUCCUCGAUAAUAUAUGUAUUGUCACAACGUUCCUGGAGUUGUGUUUAUUUCCUUGUGACAGAUAAGUGAGUCCACACUUCCCCCCACCCCCACUGACCCCCCUGUUAAGCUCACUGCAGCUCAGUCUUUCACUCUGUUCUUGAGUGCCUUCAAAAAGCCAGCAUCCCGGAACAUUCUUUCCCUGGUCUGAAUCCUACCUCUGAUUAUUUCAUUCUCCUGAGUAUUGGACGUCUCCCUUAUUAUUCCCGUUGGUUUGGCUCUACAAAGUAGCUAGACCCUUGGAUGGGAAUUCCGGACCUAUUCCCAUUCUGUUUCCCCAUGUCACUUUUAAAUGACAUUUUAUGCUUUUGCUCCGAUCUUAUUUCUGGACCUACUCCAUCGCUAAUGACGAAAGAUUUUAUCCUUAUUCCUCGUUCUCUUUCCUUUCACCAGAAACGAGAUGUUCCUUUAAAAAUGAAAGGUCACUGAGCACCUCUUUUGAACACCUUCUUCUCAUGGUGGAUCUCCCUGAAUGCCUCCCCUUCCUGAUGAAGGGACCCCGAAUGCUGCUGUUGCCGUGCGCUGCUCCUGCAUGCCCUCUCUCUUCCAGAAACAUUCCGGAAGAUUAUACCCAUAAUUCUAGUGGAGUCAGAUGAAUCUGAAAUUGCUCUCUGGGUUAAUCAGAAGUCCUUUACUGGUUGUCGACCUGCCUCUCUCAUCUGCCUGUCCCUCAGAAACUUCCAGUUACCUUCUUUUCUACUUGUUCUCAUCUCAUUAAUUUUUAAAGUGUGAUUGAUACAUGACAUAUGAAGGAUGUAAUAAAAAGGGGGUUGCAGUGCGUGUUCUCCAUGUGACAGGAACACCUUCUUGAUAAGCCGUUGUAGCACUCGGCUCAUCUUUCACAGUCAGAACUGACGUGUGUGGUGUCAUGCGGGUUCCUUGCUUCUGUUCGGUUCUCCUCCAACACUGAAGACAAAUAGAACUCUUUAAAAUGAGGAACUUGGGUUGCAUUUUCUUUUCUUCACGUGAAUGAAAGUUAUUAAGUUGAGUAUUUGGGUCUUAGUCAAUAAUUGUUCCUUUCUCACCCAAAAUGCCAUGUCCCUUCUUCUUAACGUUAAUAAUACUAAUACUCAGGUUUUCAAGACUAAUAACCACACAAUGUGGGAGUCCAUGAAGGCAGCUGUUAAUAAAUUCCUAACCCUUUUUGCCUGGCGACAGUAUGUUAAUUGGUGAGAUAGUGCAAAAUUGUGAGAAUUGGUUAUGCUUGAUGAUGAAUAAAUUCAAGAUGUCCGAAGGCCUCCCUGCCCGUUUGAAAUCAAAAGGCCAGUCUACAGAAUGCAAAAAAAAAAAAAAAAGCAGACUACAGAAAUAAGUAACAAGAGUUUCGUGGCUUAAAUCCUUUCCACUUUCCUUUGCCUUGAUGGUCCCUGUUACUGACCUAGAAGUUUGCCUCUUUUCUUGGAACCGGCUCCCUAAAGUAACUACUUUGAAACAUGUGGCUUCUCCCUGAAGUCACAGGCAGUUCAGCAGGUUGGGGAGAGGCAUGGUGGCCUCACACUCAGGGGAGCCACAUCCCUGAGACAGACUGUUGGCUUGUUCUAUGUCUUCUAGGAUCGGGUGUGCUUGGUAUCAAAGGGCCCUGAGAAGUGUCCCCUCUACUUUCUAGUUCCACAUUCCUUUCACGCUAUUCGAGCUUCUCCGGUGAGAUAUCAGGGAUGUUACAGACUACCUAACAAUUUGGGGGACACGUAGGAAAUGGGAAUGGGGCAAGAAGGGGCGGAAGCCGCAUUUUGCUUCACUUCAGAAGGAAAUUUAAUCCUCGCAUUUGCUGGUUUGGGUCAGCCGGAGAGCCUCUCUCUGACUCGGAUGUGCCAAAGAGCCCAGUUGUUUCUGAAUCUCCUGCCCGCCCUGAGCGAACCCGGCAUCUUCCCUGCCUGUCUUUCACAGGGGAGCAGGGACCAUGUGAUCAGAAGGGCAGAAACGUCAUGUCACAUCACAUCCUGCAGAGGACUCAAGGCUGCGCUUAACUGCAUUUGAAAGUUGGGAAAUAUUUUAUUCUUUUAGAAUCUCUUAACACUCCCUUUCUGUGCAUGAUGACCCAACUUGUUAGUUUUUUUCUAAAGGGAAAAAGAGACUGUGGCAUGAUUUAGGUGUUUACUCCUAAAGAUGUAUCCCAAAGGACAGAUCUGCAGCCUCUGAAAAUCGGCGGAAUGCCUCUCCAUCUUCCAUCGGUCUCCGUCCGCAUUUUUUCCCUGUCUGGGCAUGGGCGGUGUGAUUCUCUUCCAUCCGCAGUACUGGCUCUGUCCACAAGAGAGCAACAAAGUCCUUUAGCUUCUUUAUUCUCAAACUUAGGAAGAGCCCGCUUUUAAGUCGAAUAUCCUCUCCGGGCUCUGGGCUUGGUGCAUUUUUAAGACAUUCUCUCUUAUUGCUAAGUCCAGUAGUUGCUCAGCCUUCAGGAUGCAAAUAAAGACAGGCGAGUGGGUCACAGGUCCUUGUGGGUCAGGCAUCUUAAUGAGCUGCUUUAAACUACAGUGCCCCGAGAUGGAAAGCUUAGGACUCUCCUUUGGGGGCUCGGUUGCACAGAAGGACGGCAGCCCUGAUUGCUUCUUUCUCACACACCCCACCAGCAGCGCGGGAUGACCACAUCUCAGAGGCACCAGCAGCGGGGCCGACUCCAGAGUAGGAAAGAGGAAAUGCUUCUCCCCUCCGCUCUAGGGCAGGUCUGGUAGGCCUGGGAGCAAGUCCUCGGGGGGUCCAAUCCUGCAUCCUGACACAUGGGAGGUCCCCAGCUCCAGCUGCUUCUCCAGGCUGGAAUUCAGGGUGUUGUUCCCUCUCUGUCCAGGACUUUGUCCUGUAGCUCCUGACCUUCAUGGGCACUCUGACCACGAGGUUUGCUGUACUCCCGGCAACAUCUUCCUCACAGUGAGCCUGCUGGUCCUGAGGGCAGACCCCCCCUAUCGUCACUGUUUACCCCCUAGGGGCAGGGGGCAUUGGCACCCGGAAUGGGCUUCUUUAACCAGAUCCCUGCAUGGCUCCUUCCCCACUACCCCCAGCCCCAGCCAAGUCCGACCCACUCCCACAGGUGACAAAUAGCAAAACCGAAGCUGUGAUUGGUUGAGGGAACAGGCGGCCAGGUGUGUAACUUGUUCAUUUUUCUUUUCGUUGUCCCCAACAGUACUGAAAUCACUUGCACUUUUCCUCAUUUCUUAAAGGAAAGAAAAUCCCGUUUGCUUGCCAGGAAUUGUUUAGCGUUAGGUUUACAAAGCUCGUUGUUGAAUGUUGAACAUUUGUCCAAAGGAGUUUGACAAAAACAGAAGCUGCUUGGUCCCCGUUCC